AUGAGGACAUUGAAGAAUUCAGAUAGCAACUAUAUAUUUAGAUCAAUUUUCAACGUGAAAAAACUAUCUGAUGACAUAGAUUAUCGCUCGGAUUAUCGCUUUGAAAUCAUAAGAUUGAAAUCUUUCGGUAUAUAUUCUAUGUCAUUUGUGAAUCCCAAAAAACUCGCGGCCGCCGAUUUCUUCUACACUAAAAAGAAAGAUACAGUAAAGUGCCAAAUUAUUUUGUCAAACUGGAUAGCCGAGGAUAAUCCUAAGACCGAGCAUCAACGUUGGUCUGGAAAAUGUAAAUUCGUCCGGAAUGUUCCUUGUGGAAAUAUAUCAAUCGAGGCAGAUUCUAGCACGAUUUCUAAAUUAUCCAAACGAGUAGAUACUUGCGGACUUUAUGGCCUCAAGUACAUGCCGUUUUCUGAUCCGGACAAUGAUCCGCAGGUUGAAAGUGUUAUGAAUUCUGACUCAGAUCGCUCCGAACUUUCUGAUCUGAAUGAAGAUAUUGACAUUACGGUCUUCUGGGAUGCCGAAACGAAUGCUUACUUCAUGGCCAAGCUCAGCGACGUGUUAGGCUCGAAACAGCCUACAUACGCUUCCUAUGAGCGUAGAUUACGCUCUUUCGCAAUAUGUACCUGCGAUACGAUAUGUGAGAAAAAAGAAGAAUUGGCUAAAGCUGGUUUCUUUUACCUUAGCGGCCUUUUUGAACCUUCUGAUCAAACGAUGUGUUAUUACUGUGGUAAAAGUCUGAGAGCUUGGGAACGGACGGAUGAUCCUGUGGAAGAGCAUAUUAAGUGGUACCCCCAAUGCAAAUUUAUCAAGAAGAUAUUAGCAAAGAACUUAAAGGAGAAGAGCGAAUUGUCCACGGAACGGACAGAUCACGAGAGUGAAACUCCUACAAAUGCUAUGACUAAUGUUUGUUAA